AAAGGUUUGUUAUUUAAAACUGGCAUAUGUCAUUAAAAUCCAUUCAAGUAGGCCAAGAGUUUUGCAUCUCAUCAAUUGGGCUGGUUGAUUUUCAUUUUUCAUCAGUCAAUCGAAAGCGAGCAAGAGUAAUGGAGUCGGGCAAGAAGCAAAUGACCGUUAGCGUGAUUAUAGAGAGUACCUGGCGUUUGACAAUUCAACGGUAUGCAAUGGGCAAGAGAGCGCCAUAUAAACACCUGAUGGAUGCGGUUGCCGAAAAGUUCAAAUUGGACCUCAAAGAUUGGGAGUUUGUGGGACCCGGCGGACUGUGCCUUGAGACAUACGAUACGGCACACUUACUGGAAUUCGCCGACUGCCAUGACAUAUUGCUCAAACCAUUAAAUGAUGAACGCAGCUGCGAGGAAGCAUAUGAAAAAAGGCGCAUAAAAUUAAGCACAGAAUGGGAAACCAAGUGAAAAAAGAAUUCAAAUAUCAAUUCUGAAAUAAAAUUCAGUGGCGCUGGCUAAUUGAGCGUCAUUUUACCUCAGAAAAAAUUAAGGAUUUAUUUAUUUAAGCGGGGACACUUGACUAAUUGGUUUCAUA